AUGUCUCCAGUCACCACCAAACUCUCCACUCUCUUCACAAAGCUUACUUCCCCCUCGAAGAAGCUCCAAUCCAAAACCUCCCUCCUUUCCCAAGAAGACGAACUCCUCCUCUCAACUCUCUUCUCCCCCAGAAUCCUCAAAAUCUUCUCUCAUACCCACCUCCUAACUUUCACCCAAAGAGUCUCCUCUUCGUCCUCUUUGCCGUUGACCGAGUCCGGUGAAAAAGACUUUGGAGAAAAUGAUGAUAAGGUUAUCAUUCAAGCUAGGAAGAUGGGGAAGGAGUAUGAAAAGAUGAAUGGAAGAGUUUAUGAUGCUGGGAAGUUGGAGAGGUGUUUGGUUGAAGUUGUGGGAGUUAGGAAGCAAUUUGCUUGUGGAUAUGUUAAAUGGAAGAGAGAUGGUGCCCUUGGAGGCAUGGGAUUCGAUGGGGCUGAGUGGAAUGAGGAGUGGGUUGGAGAAGUUGGUGGAGUUGAGGGGGCUUUGGGAGAUAUUUUGGUUAAUUUCUAA